GGUUUCCUUGGCUGUCAUCUUUACAGAAGCGGAUCGCCAGACCUUUCUUCUGUGGCAUUGCUGCAUAGCUUUGAACUGCCACCUUUUAGGUUAGUAUGCAAUCACAAACCACUUGUGCCACCCAGACACCUAUGUGAAAGCAUAGCUAAGGCAAAAGGUGAGGCAAAAAUAGAAGGAUCCACCCAGAAUGCUAAAUAGGUCUUAGUUUAUAAGGCAGUAAAUAGAAAGGCCAAUGUCAAUAUUCAGUGUCUUUAUUAAAGCUGCUCCUUUUGGGUUGUAUUUUCCAAUGGGAUGAUGUGAAACCUCCAAGUGUGUUUUUUAUUGUUAAUGUUUUUGUAUUUUUGGCCAUGCCUCAGUAGCCUUUUAGAUGUAUUAUUAGACUGACUUUUCCUCCGAUCAUAAUAAUUUUCCAUAAUAAGGUCCCAGAAGUGUGAGUAGUAGCAAGAGUGCAAGAUAUUCUAGAUUUAGUACUACAAAACCUGGAAUCUAAUUCUGCCUCCACCUCUAACUGUGUGGCCUGCGGCAAAUCCCUUAACCUAUCUAUGCCCCCAUUUCCUCCUCUGUUGAAAGAGGGCUGUUUGAUUUGCUGAAUUUGAAGGUCCUUUUCACCUUAAAAUUUUGCGAUUUCUGACAAACAUUUCUUGGAGUCACUCGGGGGUCAUUUGGGAAGAGGAACUAUCUAGCAACCUCCUCAGAGGUGUGGAUACAGAUUCUUGAGCUUCCUUAUAUAGGCCAUUAGGUUGUCAUUCACCCAGUGCUCUUGAGGUUUUUAAAACAGGAAAAUAGGUGGGGUUAACUUUGCCCGUGAGAAACGUCUUGGGCGAGCUAUGAUUUCAGUUCAAAGAUGUGUGUGUUUUUGUGACUUGAGCUCUGCUGAAGACCCGAAUGCUGUCUGCAGAGUGCAGCCAUGAUUCUUUCCACCUAUAACACCAUCCAGUCCAUAUUCUGCUGCUGCUGCUGUUGCUGUUCAGUGCAGAAGCGACAAGUGAGAACACAAAUAAGCCUGAGCAAAGAUGAAGAACUUUCGGAAAAAUACCCUCCAUGUCACAGGCCACAGCCCUGCGAGUCAUCAAGUAAGAAGCAAUCCAACAGGGGCCAUGUGAAGCCAUCAAAACGCAAGCCACUGCCUCCCCUCCCCAUCCCUGAGGGUGCUGAAGAGAUGAUCCAGGUCAAGGCUCUUUAUGACUUUCUGCCCAGAGAGCCCUGUGAUUUAGCAUUAAAAAGAACGGAAGAAUAUUUGGUAUUGGAGAAGUAUACCCCUCACUGGUGGAAGGCAAGAGACCGUUUGGGGAACGAAGGCUUAAUCCCAAGCAACUACGUGACUGAAAACAAACUAACCAAUUUAGAAUUAUAUGAGUGGUACCAUAAAAACAUUACCAGAAAUCAGGCAGAACGUCUAUUGAGACAAGAGUCUAAAGAAGGUGCAUUUAUUGUCAGAGAUUCAAGACAUUUGGGGUCCUACACAAUUUCUGUGUUUGUAAGAGCUAGAAGAGGUACUGAGGCUACCAUCAAACAUUAUCAGAUUAAAAAGAAUGACUCAGGACAGUGCUACGUGGCUGAAAGACAUCUCUUUCAAUCAAUCCCCGAACUGAUCCAGUACCACCAGCACAACGCAGCCGGUCUCAUGACCCGUCUCCGCUACCCAGUUGGGCUGAUGGGGAGCUGUUUGCCAACCACAGCUGGUUUUAGCUACGAAAAGUGGGAGAUCGAUCCAUCCGAGUUGGCUUUCAUAAAGGAGAUUGGAAGCGGUCAGUUUGGGGUGGUCCAUUUAGGUCAAUGGCGAGCACAUAUCCAGGUAGCCAUCAAGGCCAUCAACGAAGGGUCCAUGUCUGAAGAGGAUUUCAUCGAAGAGGCUAAAGUGAUGAUAAACCCAAAGGCCGCCCUACAUUUGCUGAGCUGCUACAGAUUCUCACAGAGAUUGCAGAGACAUGGUGACCUGAAACAGAAUGCCAACUCAAAAGAACAUUGUGCAAAUUUGCCACCAAAGGAAAUUCUGCAUGGUAUCACUGAUGGUGAAUAUUUUGCUUUAGAGUUGUUGACUCUUGGAUACAGUGCAGAGAUCACAAGCUUUUCAAACUUUUUAAAAUUUAAGAACAUUCUGACAACAGUUUUUCUACGUGUGUGUUUAAGAGAGACUUUUAAACUCUUAUUUUUCUGUAAUAUUUUUCACGUCCCAUAUGUGAAGAAGGGAAAAAGACUCCAUAGCACAGCCUCCCCGUGGCUGCUCUUCACAGUAAUAGUCCUGAGAGCCCCUGAAGUACAUGAAAAACUGAUCCUUUACAGGGUGAAGAAAUUUCUUUCCUGAAGCAGAGUGACAUUCUUUACCUCAAUGAUCCAUGUAUAGAAGAUGAAAGAAAUUCUGUCAACUCAUGGAAUAAAGGACCUUCCCCUUCAGAAUUUCAUGCUUUUGAGCUGUACAGAUCUUUAUAGAAAAUACACUUUCACCAACCACAUGAACAUGAACAUUUUGGAACUGUCUUUUACAGUUUCCCCAUACAUUAUUUGACAAAUAUGCUGUUUUUGCACAUAUCUGAUCUUUGGAGCCAGUUUCUUACAUUUCAGUUCUAAAUGCUGUUACAGGAGAUAACCAAAGUUUCCCUUGGCCAGAGCCUGGUGACAUUUUUUUUUCCAGUGAUAUUCAUUGUCAGGAGCAAUUCAGAACUUGAAUUUCAGUUCUGAGAUUUCAUACUCUGUGCAUGUGAAGUUGGACAAUUUAAGAAGCCUUAUUUUUUCUUUGAAUGUGUCUCCUGUACCUUUCUGGAAAACAAUUUGUUCUUUCUGCAAAACAUUAUAGCCAGGUGCUCUGUGUGUUACAUAAGACUAUUAUUCCUAAAGUCAAAGGUUUUGAAUUCAAGAUGAAACAACCAGCAAUGAUGAUUAAAUGUUAAUUUCUCAUGCACACUUCGUAUAAAUGAUUAGAAAACGAUCUUUAUCAUGCUGACUACUUCAGAAGUACCUUAAGAAGAAAAGUUCUGAUACGAAGAAAAGUUCUGCAGAGAGUACAAGUAUAAUUGCCAUGAUGGUAAACAACGGAAGUCUAUUAUUUGUAUGUUGUCCCACCUGCAUCCUGGUUCUGGGGUUACAUAUUUUAUGAUUCUCAUUAGCUUAUAAAUUCUUGGAUAUCAGUAUUUGGACUUUUAAGUCCUAUUUCCCUACUCCAGAAAUGAUACCUUUGAAUGUCAAUGGUACUCAAUAAAUGUGUAUUGAUAUAAUGAGCAUCAGGUACAAGAGGAGACCUGAUCAUUCAAGUGGUGGUCUCAGAAAUAUUUCUGUGAGCUACUUGGUGUUUUUUAGAUUGCCACACCCCUUUUCCUAAUGACUCUUGCUAUGGCGAAUUAAGACAGAGGGCUCUUGCAACUGAGAUUUUAGUUCAAAUAAGAUAUAAGAAAGUCUAGCUCGAGAGGGCAUAAACCGAAAGCUUAGGGAAGUGAGAUUAAUAUCAUGAUGUAGGAAAUAGUGUAAUAUUAAUAUAUGCAGUAGGGUGCUGCUAUGAGUUGAAUUGUUUUCCCCCAAAAUGUAUGUUAAAAGCCUAACACCUGGUACCUGUAAAUGGGAAUUCAUUUAGAAACAGUGUCUUUGAAGAUAUUAUUAGUUAACAGGUCAUACUGGAGUAGGGUGGGCCCUACCCAAUAUGACUGAUAUCCUUAUAAAAAGAGUGAAAGAGACAGAGAAAUAGAGAAGCAGCCAUGUGAAGAUGGGGACAGAGAUUGGAGUGAUGCAUCUACAAACCAAGGAAUGCCAAGGAUUGCCAGGGACCAUCAGAAGUUAGGAAAAGGCAAGAGAAGAUCUUCCCCUAGGCCCUUCAAAGAGAGCAUGGUCCUGUUGACAUCUUCCAGCCUCCAGAACUAUUAGACAAUAAGUUUAAGUUGUUUUGAGUGACUCCGUUUGUGGUAUUUUGUUGCAGGGGCCCUAGGAGACCAAUGCUUUCUCAGGCUUUACUCAGCUCAUAAGCUCCAACCCCUCAAAAAAGGGAAAAACAAACAAAGAAACAAAAAACCCACUGAAAAAGUAGGACUGACUGUAGAGUAUCUGCCCUCACUAUAGAUGCAGUGAUGGGAGACAGAGUACAGAGUAAAGCAUGAUAAAGGGAUAAAUAGUAAGUCCUGGGGGUCAUGUGGCAGGAGCAGGUACAUCUCAGGGCAUAUAUAUUGGCGGUGGUAGGGGAUUUCUAUCUUUAUUGUUUUAACACUUCAGGAAAGUUUGAAGUAGUGAAUGAGGAACAAAGGAGCCCUGGUGUGCAAUGGUUAAGUACUGCACUGCUAACUGAAAGGUCAGCAGUUGGAACCCACCCAGCAGAUCCACAGGAGAAAAGAAAGACCUGGUGAUCUGCUCCCUUAAAGAUUACAGCCUCGGAAACCCUAUAGGGCAGUUCUAACAACAAAAAGGCCUCACUUAAAUGUGUGGACUUUGAAUAGCUAUAAACAGAGAUUCAGCAUUUGCUGUCCAGGGAGAGAAAAAGUUUAAGAGACAGUCACACAACUUCUUGGAAGAGAAAUACAUUUUUCAACCAGCCUUAAUGUUAGUUACUGAUAUGAGGUCUCUGGGGGUAGCUUAACUAGUCUGGAGUGAGGUAGUGCAUCAUCUAAACAGCUAUUCCUAAGAAAUGAAUAGGAGGUUUAGGGACUGUGGGGAGCCCUGGUGGCACAGUGGUUAAGUGCUUGGCUGCUAACCAAAAGGCCAGCAGUUUGAACCCACCAGCUGCUCCGCCAGAGAAAGGUAUGUGUGGCAGUCUGCUUCUGUAAAUAUUAUAGCCUUGAAAACCAUAUCGGACCCUGAUAGCUUAGUGGUUAAGUGCUAUGGCUGCUAACCAAAAGGUCAGCAGUUCAAAUUUACCAGUUCCUCUUUGGAAACUCUAUGGGGCAGUUGUACUCUGUCCUAUAGGGUAGCUAUGAGUUGGAAUUGACUCAACAGCAAUGUGUUUGUUUUUUUUUUUUUUUUUCAGUAGGGCCACUUUGAGUCAGAAUUGACUUGGCAACAACAGGUUUGGGUUUUUUGGGGCUAAGAGCCCUAAAGAGGAGAAGACUGGCUGUCAAAGGAGGGAGAGAAGGCUCAGAAAAAUGUAAAGAAUUUAGAGCCAAGCAGAAGAUAUGAUCAGUGAAAGAAAUCUUGUAGCAAGAGUAGCCAAAAGAUUUUUUUUUCUUUUAUAAACUUUUUAUUGAAAUACAAUAUGUUGUUCCAAGGCAACAAUGGUCACAGGUUUGGACUGGCAAAAAAACUCACAAGAAAUAAUAGCAUUUAAUCUAGCACUAAAUUUACUGUUUACUGAGUUUACUUCAUCAUGAUCAUACUUAGUUUCAUAGGAGGGUGCUGUUGUGGUCAUUGUUGGUAGCUGCUGUUGAGUUGGCCCUCGACUCACGGCGAACCCAUGAAAACAGAAGAAGACACUACCUGUUCCUGUCCCAUUCCCAUGAUUGGUUACAGAUAGGAUUGGAUUUUUGUGACCCUUAGGGUUUCCACUGGAUGAUUUUCAGAAGCAAAUCACUAAGCCUUUCUUCCUGGUCUGUCUUAGUCUGGAAGCUCCACAGAAACCUGUUCAGCAUCAUGGCAACAACAAAGCUUCCCUUGACGGAUGAGUGGCGGCUGCACUUGAGGUGCAUUGGCUGGGAAUUGAAUCUGGGUCUCCUGCAUGGAACAUGAGAAUUCUACCCCUGAGUCAGGAAACAGCAUGCACAGCACUUUGGUUUCACUGAAAAGCCUACCAAAUCUCCACAAGCGUAGAUACUUGAGCCCGUCUCACCUGCGUGGAGGGCAUGCACAGUUACUAGCAAUGAGACCUUGGUGUUUGUGCUUCACCUUCUCUCUGGGUUUACUGCCGGUCAAGUAGGCCUACAGUUUACAGCUCUCCUAGCCCAUAUGCUGUCCUACAAAUCAGUGGAUUCAUGGUGUAUAAAAAAGAUGUCCAACUCUGGCACCCAACAUUUCAAAUUCAUCUUAACUUGGUACAUUUCCACGAGACUGGCAUUGAGAGAAGGCAAGCCUAAGGUUAUCUUCCCGGGCAGGUUCUAGAAAAAGGAUACAAACCUGCUGUUAACCUUUUAUCCACAUAUACAUAAAGAAAAGUAUAGAAAUGUGUUAUGGAUUGAAUUGUGUCCCCCAAAAGUAUGUGUUGUAAAUUCAAACCUCUAUGCUUGUGGUUAUAGUCCCACUUGGGAAUGGGUUUUGUCUUUGUUGUUAGUGAGGCAGGAUCAGUGUAGGGCAUAUCUUGAAUUAAUCUCUUUUGAGAUAUAAAGUGGAUGAACAAGCAAGCUAGAGGUAGAGAGGUGCCAAGCCACAUGAAGAUGGCCCAGGAACAGAAACUCAAAGAAAGAAGGACUUUCCUCUAGAGCUGAGAGACAGAAAAAUUUCCCCUAGAGCCAGCACUCUGAAUUCAGACUUCUAGCCUCCUAAACUCUAAGAAAAUAAAUUUCUGUUUGUUAAAGCCAUCCACUUGUGGUAUUUCUGUUACAGCGGCACUAGGUGACUGUCAAGGACAUGCACUCUGUUCAAAUAAAAGGAAAGAGAUUCAUUGAAGGAACAAGACCAGUUCGAACCAGGGAAAUGCAAAGAUUCACAAAGUGACACUAAAUGCUCCACCUUUCUGGCAACAAAGUUGAGCUUUUACACAUAAAGACAUGACUAAUUUUAUGAACAUUUCAAAAAACAGCUCUUUCUUCAUAUCAGUUCCUUAUCUCUUUCUUCAUAUCAGUUCCUUAUCUCUUUCUAGAAGAGCAUUUGCAUAAAACUUUUUUUUUCCUCAGAGCAUUGCAUUUUCAUCACAUGCUUCCUAGAACUUCCUGAGUACAUACAUUACUUUUCUUUCUGUCUCCUUCCCCUGCUUACACAGAGGGAUUUGGAUUAACUUUUUAUUGAGAGCUCUUUCUAAAUGCAUCAAAGUUUUAAGUUUAAAUACAGAGCCAGAGCAUCUCUCUCAAGAACAGUGGCAAUUUGCAUAAAUGUUCUUUCUGAGAGCAGCUGCACUUCUACCUCCCCUCCCCCCCAUCCUCCCUGAGACAGUGCAGAGCAAUCCAUUACUGGGAGCUUCUUCAAACAUAUCUUAUUUUUUAGGUCUGCUAGCAUGAUACAAAAUGUCAUUCAGCCUCCAGUCUGGGCAGAAGCAUCUCCUAUGCCAAGCACCUAGAGUUUUUGAACAUUUCCACCAU